GCAGUAAAGUGACCAGUGGUGUUGCUGGGCUUUGGCUGUGGCCAGAGACAAGCAAGCUGCCGUGGGAAGAGGCUGCUCAGAGGGAGAGCAGGGAGGACAGGAGAAGACACGGAUAAAAAGAGAGACAUGAGGACACGAGGCCUGGUUUUCUUUAGCCAGGUUCAUGCUUGAAUGGGGUCCAGGCAGAUUGGUAGAAGCAUGAAAUGGAUACAUGGGAAGAUGAUGCAGCUGACCAGCGUACUUGCCUUAUUUGUGGAGACCGCGCCACAGGUCUGCACUAUGGCAUCAUCUCCUGCGAAGGCUGCAAAGGCUUCUUCAAGCGCAGCAUCUGCAACAAGCGGGUGUACCGCUGCAGCCGGGACAAGAACUGCGAAAUGUCCCGCAAGCAGCGUAACCGCUGCCAGUACUGCCGUCUGCUCAAGUGUCUGCAGAUGGGGAUGAACCGCAAAGCAAUCAGGGAGGACGGCAUGCCAGGAGGGAGGAACAAAAGCAUCGGGCCUGUGCAGAUCACAGAAGAGGAGAUAGAGCGAAUCAUGUCAGGGCAGGAGUUCAAGGAGGAUGCCCCGGAGCACACCUGGGGCAACAACGGCGACAGCGACCACAGCUCCCCCAGCAACGGAGCCUCUGAGGGCAACCAGCCGUCGCCCGCCUCCACUCUGUCAUCCAAUCGAUCUGUAGAGAUGAAUGGCUACACGGCAGCACUCAGGGACCAGUACAUCAACACCUCCAUGUCCACACACUACCAGCUCCUGCCUCACCUGUUCAGCUACGCAGCCCAAUCAGGCCUGCUGACCCCGCAGCCCCGCAGCCUCUACCCACAGUCCCACCCUUUGGUGCUGCAGCUUGUGGCUGCUGAGGACCUGUCCCCCCUCACCACCCCAAUGCUCAUAGAGGACGGGUACAAGGUAACCCAGGUGGAGCUGUUCGCCCUGCUGUGUCGCCUGGCGGAUGAGCUGCUCUUCCGGCAGAUCUCCUGGAUCAAGAAGCUGCCUUUCUUUUGCGAGCUGUCCAUAGAGGACUACACCUGCCUGCUCAGCUCCACCUGGCAGGAGCUCAUCCUGCUGUCUUGCCUCACCAUCUACAGCGCCCAGAUCUUCGGAGACUUGGCUGACGUCACUGCCAAAUACACGCCGUCUGAUGAUGAGCUGCAGGGCUUCAGUGAAGAUGGGAUGGAAGUGAUGGAGAGGCUGAUAUAUCUGUUUCGUAAGUUCCAUCAAUUGAAGAUCAGCAAUGAGGAGUACGCCUGUAUGAAGGCCAUCAACUUCCUCAACCAAGAUAUCAGAGGACUGUCCAACGUCUCCCAGCUGGAGCAGCUGAACAAGCGCUACUGGUACGUCUGCCAGGACUACACCGAGUACAAGUACCCGCACCAGCCCAAGCGCUUUCCUGAGAUCAUGAUGUGUCUGCCCGAGAUCCGCUGCAUCGCAGGGAAGCUGGUGAACGUCCCCCUGGAGCAGCUCCCCCUCCUGUUUAAAGCAGUCUUGCACUCCUGCAAAUCCAGCCUGACCAGCUACCGGACCGGCCCAUCGCCCUGCGCGACCGCCCCCUCUGGAAACUAACCUAUCCCGACUGCCGAGCCUAGGGACCGGUCUCCCCUCCUGUGAAUGUGACAAGCAGCUAGUUCUUUUUUUUUUUUGUAAUAUUUUUCUUUAUAUAUUUAUUACACGACAGAGCUGAAUGUAUGCUGAUUUACACUGUGCACAUCUUCUGUACAAAACAAAUGCUCAAAGAUGCAUUGGUCUUUGGAGUUUACAAGUGUAUAUCCAGUUUGCUCAAUGUGUCGCCGUUGCCAUUGUUAGACUAGACUUUAAAAGAGCUUAUUUUAUUCAGACAGGGCAGCAGGACACAUUUGUGAUUUGUGACUACCUCAGGAAGAUGUUGUUGCUAUUUUCAGGUACCUUUUCUUGCUUUGAAAUGAAGAGUUGCCCGGUCUAAAAUCAAACCUGUGGAUGCUUUGACAUCUCAAUCAGAGACUGAAUGUUAAAAUGAGCUGCAGAAAUCAGAGUUUAGAAACAUCAGUGUUGUGUUGCACUGAAAAUGCAAAAUCCAUUAGCAGAAUUUUAGCUACUUUAUAUGCAUGGACUCUCAGUUAUCCUGUAUUCGGGAGGCGGUCCUGUCCGUUUAACAUUCCAUGAGUUAAGUUGGCCGUUGUUGGAUCUGUGGGAUCACUGAAAAAGGAGCAUACGGGUAUUUUUUACAAUCAUAGACUAGGGAUGUGAGGCUUUAUUGCAGGGGAAGGGGAGGGUAGCUAGGUUUGCUGUUUUUGUUUCACUUUUCUUUCUAGACCAAAGUGUUAUGCAAUGCUUUCUUCAAACACCCACUAAUGGGUAGGGAGCUGACAGCUCAACAAAGAAUGAAUAUAUAUAAAGGAGAACUUUCUUAUCAAUGAAGGAUGGUGAUAAGAAAUUAAUCAAUAUGUAACAGGGGAGAGACCCUCAGCCAGGCAGACAAGUGGGUCACCAAAAUUCCACCUCAAUGCUGCUAAUCAGAGCCAUGUUUUAGUUGCAGGAAGUGGCUUCAGGCUCACAGGUUUCAAACAACACUGCCUUCAUCUGGAAGCUUUCACUUUGUUCUGAAAAAUCAAAUGGGCUGCAGUCAGAGCAGUUGGUUCACUAAAGCCUCGUCAUGUUGGUGGAGCUCUGCCAAGUUAAAGUUUAUUUAUAGAGGACAUUUCGACCAAAGAACAUCACAAUAAUCACAGCGUCAGUAAUCAUGUGACCAGAACAGAAAGAGAAUUCGUCAGUUGGAUUCCCUUUAAUGUCGGCCUCCAACAUUAAAGGCUAAUAUUGAGCCAUUUUCACACGACCCUGGACAAUAAAGUCCGAUGUGUGAUGAAUAUCGAACAUUAUUCUAAUGCUGUUUUAACCUCUUGAAUCCUUUUACACCAGCUGAGCUCCUAGUUGUUUUCUUACAUGCCAACCAGCUGGAAGUUCUGCAAAAACACAAAAUCUCACCAUGUGUUGGUGUUUUAGUUUCUAAUGCGGACAUCUCAGUACACAUGAAAUGAGGCAAAACUAACUACUUGCUGCAGCAAGAUACAGGAGCUUGUUGUAAGUCAUUAAUUCCUUAGUAUUGAUGAAAAAGGGCCAGUACUGAUGGCAGAUUAUUUUACUUAUAAUCAAGACAAAAAUACUUGGUAAGAUUCUGUGGUCUUGUUAAAUCAAGCCAAAUAUAAUAAUGUUGAUAUUUAACAGAUUUUAAGGUCUAAUAAGAAUAUUUUUUUAAAAAUGAGAUGAAAUCAGAGGUAGACUGGGAAAAAUCCCCAGGUUUUCCUGGCAGCUCCAUGUUUUUGAAAGGUUGUGUUUGGUGCACUGAACCAGUUCACAUAUGGUCAUCUUUAACAGAAGCACAGCAGACCCUGUUAAUCUGGACAAUAUUGUGUCCAUGUAAUGUCUUAGACUGGGGAAUCAGCUGGAAAAUGGGAAUAAUGCUGCAUUCACUUGAUCUUAGUGGUCAAAAACACCCAAGCACAUUUUGACAGCGUUCCGGAUGCAGGUCAGGAAACUGCUUGGAUUCUCUUUCUGUUCUGGACACAAAUUAAAACUCGUACAGCUAGCAAGGUUUGUGGCUCUUCAUGUAGCUCAGGUCUUCCUCUGCUGCAGCAACAUGAUCUAGCAGCAGAGGUUGUGCUGUAAAAUCCUUACAGCAGAUUAAAGAAGCUACCAUUUGCUCUAUUCCUGCAGCUCUCUUUUUUUUGAUUUUGUGGUUGGGGAAAAAAUCUCCAACUGUAACUCAAAGUCCUGAUUGUUCACAAGUAAAACCAGAACUUUCCGGCUUCCAGCUAGCACUGAAUGCAGCAUCUGAUCUACACCUUGAAGUUUUAGAACAACUGAACGUGAGUAGAAAUGUAGCUCAUGACGGCGGCCCACUUCUUAAAGAACCAACGCUGAGUGAUGGAAUUUAGGUGACCUGCGUCUGGAUGAGCCUCUGGGACAGAUAUGCACAUUGUUUUAAAAGAAUAGCCAUAGAAAAAAAAAAGGUCUUUAUUUUUAAAAUGUGAGAUGAUCAUUUCAGACCGCUUGAAUAUUUCCUCGUGGAUUCUUCGGGGUUUUCGCGGUUUCACAAUAUGCGAACAAUUAGAAGCGCAGGAAGAUGCUGUUCUUGCAACAACUUUUUUUUCUGUUGUAAUUUUUUUCCUUUUUACUUUAUUUUUUAUUUUUUUUUUUUUUUUUUGCACACACCGAUGAGGUUCAGAGACCUGGACGCUUGACCAUGGCUGCUGCCCUCCCAGUGUGUUCCUCUGGCAGGUCCCUGCAGACCUGGAUCUAAACAGGGUAAAGUGAGUGUUUUAUGUUGCAUUCAGGAGUUCCUCAGUGACUGUGCUGAUGUACCUGUAGUGUUAGUAGAUGUAGGUUUGGGGACAUCGUAGGUCCUCUUGUAGAAAAUUUCUUUUUUUUUUCCCCUCCCCUUUUUCACAGUAUUUCACCCAAGCUUUGAGAGACAGUGGUUGUAGUCUGAAGGUGAGGACCGGGGUGGGGGUCCUCUUCACCUCCUCCCCCAUGUCUGACAGAUGCCACCUGUCCUCCUCCAGUCAGUCUCGCUCCAGCCUUGCUGUGUGAAAUGUGUUUUCCUCUGUAGUUAUUUUGAAUGUUUUCAGGGUUUUUUUUUUCUUUUGUUGUGCUUUCUUUGCUUUUCCCAGUUUUUUUUGUUCUUUUUUUUGGCAGUGGGUCAAAGUGUUCUCCAUUAUAUUCAGAAGUUUUAAAAAGAUUUUCAAACCAAACUCUUUCCCUUGUCUCGUUCAUCACAUCGCAGCAGUCGGUGGUUUAGAAUUCAGAAAGGAACAGCUCUGGACUCGUGGAGGUUUUCUGUUCGGAAUGUUUCCCUCUAAACAUGUGGCCUGUUUCCACGUUUGACUGAUCUGGAAAUUUGUGUGGCCUACCUGAAGAAUUAGAGAUAUACGGCAGCACAUUAGGGCCAUUGUAGGUCGAAAAGAACAGAAGAGGAUUACAUUUCCGCCAAGAAACUCAGAAACGUUUAGAUUGAUGUCAGCAAUUUUUCAGAAGAGACAAUGAAAAAAGUAAAAAUAAAAAAUUGCAAGAAAAAGAACUGAGAUUUUUUUAGUCUUAAAAUUUCCUGACAUUAUAGUCUUAAUUUUUCUAGAAAAGAAUUCUGAGAUUAAUCUCAAAAUUGGAGGUUUUUUCCCUGUAAAUAUUUGAUUUUCAAAAGUCAGAAAAUUCCAAGUUUUUUUUCUGGAAAAUUUCUUAGAUUAAUCUAAAAGUUUCUGAGAUUUUUUUUGGCAGACAUUUGCUACUCCUAUAUUUAAAUCUACAAUGGUUAAUAAGUCAUCAUAAAUAUGUGCUCCUUGUUUUCAGUUUCUUUAAGUGUUUAGCCGUGUGGAGGAGCGUGGGGAUUCUGUUUUUAUCUAGCUCAGGUUUAUCUAUGCAGCUUUGUGUUCUGCGUCAUUCACCUUUGGACAGAAGACAUCUUUGUAACCGACUGACUUUUUCCACUACAUGAUCUCAGGGAUAAACCACUUUCUGUGAACACAAAUUUGAGCAAUAGCGAGUGUUUUAUGAAGGGAAAUUCAUAACUGCCUCUCAAACACAUUCACCGUCGUCGACUUAUUGUCUGCACAGAAAGGGAGUGUCAAACAUAGGCUGUCUGAAAAGGUUCCGUCGACACAUCACCUCGGUAACGCUCUGGCCAGCGAUCAGAGUUCAGAUCAGACAGUAACCGAGCAGCCGCAUCGCUGCCUGACCUCCGACCUCCUGCUCUCUCUGGACAAAGACUUCUUUUUCUUUCCUGUUUUUGUGAUUCGAAUGUGCAGACGAGGGAGAAGUCAUUCAUCAUUUCUGUGCUAAAACUACCUCUCUAAGUUGUCAUUGUGUUUUUCUUAUUUAUUGCUUUCACUACAACAUUCUGUUCUGUUGUGUGUUAUUGUUUUUCACUCGGUGCUCUCGCAUUGAUAUCAAACUCUUAAAUCCGGACACACAUCCGAACCUCUCCUAACGUUCUACCUCAGACACUCCUUUUGUCCUUUGGCAGCUUUUAUUUUGAAAACACCCAGAGUCCCUCGUGUCCCUUGACUUUCCUUUUAUGUUUUUGCUUUGUUUCUGUUAAAUUAGUGUCAUUUCAUAUUCCAACUCCUGCCCCCUCAUUAUGAAUCCGGGCCGGAGAUGAAAGAACGUCAGUGGCGGUGCCACAUCCACCGUAUCAGAGCAUUAUCAUGCCGACGGCUGCAUUGUUUUCUCCACAUCACGACACGCCUCAGUGUGUGUGUGUGUGUGUUUGUGUUUAUUUUUAUUUUUUAAUCCCCAUUGUGUUCCCUGAUUAUUGUUCCUUCAAGGCAACACAGAGCGCUAUCAUAUCUGACUCUGUCAAUGCUGCUUGUGAUCGAUUAUCAAUGAGAGAAUGGAGCUGUGGUCAAACUGACCUCUCCUGGUGUUGACGUGCGGCGGCGCUCUCGUGUGACCCUGGCGCCGUGGCACGAGAGCACGGACCCGCUCCGAGCUGACCUCUGAUGAUGCGGACGGUGACUCCACUCGGUGUAGUGGGGUGGGCGCGAGGCGGGGCCUGCUUAGGCCUCAGCUCCGCUUUGAAUCCUCACAUUCAAAGUGCCGGGCGUCACUAAUGACACAGCCUAGUUUUUAUUGUGUGAAGUCCUCAUCGUUGGGUCUGAUGUUCUCAUGAAGCGGGGGACUCCUGGAAUCUGAAAUUGAGCCGUGACACUGCCAUGACCUUUGAACAGGAACAAUGUUUGCAGGAGUGAAUGAAUGUUGACAUAUCUCAGGGAUUAAAUACAUUUACACGAUUGAAUCAAUUCACUGAAACGUCUUCUUUUUUUUUUCUCCCUCUUCAGAAAUCUCUUGUCUGCUCUCAUUACUGUAACUACCUGUGAAGAAUGUGAUCCAUUACGUGUUUAAAGCAUGUUUAGAAUGUUUUAGGACUUGAAACCAAAUAAAUGUGAAUGUUAUGCAAGUAAAA